AUGAUCAUCCGUGCGCUGCAGGACUCCAUGCUGGCGACGGCGAAGUUCAUCAGCACAUCCUGUACAGGUGCUGGAACUGCUGAGAUGGCAUUCGCUCUUAUCUCCAAGACGAUCAACGACAGUCAGAUUUUGAGAUUCCCAGUUUCGUUCAGAACUCUUUCGUGCCAUGCACCUCGGAAGCACUCGGCCUCUGCCUCAUGUCAUGCUUUGCCUGUCACGGGUAGCAUCCUGCCCCGGAACCUGCUUCAGGAAUGGUCGCCAAGAUGUCACCAGCUUAUUCGUGAUCACCUGGCAUGGAUAGCCGAAGUCACCGGAACAUUGGAUCCCCCGCCUUGCAUUUUCGAAGAUGUGCAAGGAUGCGUGCCCCCCAAGACAUGGGGUCCGCAGGACCCUUUUGUGGUCAAGGCAUUCAAGAUAGCCAAGGCGCCGUUGUGCACGACUCAGUUCUGCUGCACGCACCAGCGACAGUGCCCGAUCCUGGGCCUGUGCACCGCGGCGGACUGGGAAACCGCGGGCCUGCCGUGCCCGGACUACAGUCGUGUUGGGACACGUGCAAAGGAAGAGGGCCCCACAGGGCCCGUUUUCAUUUGCCACGCGAAGCGCCACAUUGAGAAGAGGACUCCAGUGAUCCUGAUCGAGAACGUGCAGGACAGGGCUUUGGAGCUCAACUUGAAGAUGAUUGAGUACCUCUACGGCUCCUCCUAUGACAUGGAGCCUGUGUACGUGGACUGCGGAGAUGUAGGGCACCAGGGUGCCCGGCGAGCGCGGGUCUACGUUUUCUUGUGGCACAAGGAAAGAGUGUGCAGGGUCAGGCCUGUUGAGGAAGUCUACCAGAAGGUGGCCGCCACGAUGCAAAAGUGGGCUCGCACACAGCCCUCGGACUACUUGCUCGCUGGUCGGCAGGAAGUAUUGAGAGAAGCAGAGGACCUCGCAUUCCGAAGACGCAUGCAGAUUCCCGCCUCGACCUACGAAGAUCUCGACCUGACCGGACUUCUGCUCCCACGGGAGAGAGAGGCUGUAAGCCUCCUGGCGGCGGAAUACGAGAGAACUUACAAAAGAAGGGCCCGAGAUGACCCGAACUUGAUUGCACACCUGGGGGACAGCCCCAGUCGCCGCUGUUGGUCUGCGUCCUCGGGUCGCAUCCCCACUGUCAGGAUGACAGGCGGGCUUCUGUGGCAUUUUCAAUCCCGCAGGUGGCUGACAAGCCGCGAGCGGUUGGCGGGCAUGGGCCUUCCAGUGGAUGAUGCUACUGCUCACGCAAUGGGUGUGCCAGCUGUGCCUACAGCUGACGCAAAGCGUGCUGCCGCGGUGUGUGGGAAUGCCAUGCACUUCGGUACGGUGUCAGUGCUUCAGCUCGUCGGCCUUGUCUGUUUCCGGACAAAAGACAAGUAG